AUGACGUUUGAGAAAUUCCUGAAACAUGAUCCGAAACCGGUUGUGUCUCCACCACAACAAUCAUUUGAUACGUUCCAUCACAUAAAUGACGAGGCUCCCUUCGAACCUGUUGGACGUGGAGGUGUCCCAUUGGAUCAGCUCAUCGAGGACCAGGUGGCUGAAGUACACGGGGAUGUUGAUGAAGUCCUCCAUCGAAUGCAGGAAACUGACGAGCAGAAGCAUGAGCACAAGGAGGAUCAUCAUCACAAGGAGGAGCACCCGCCCAGGGACGAACACGAACACAAGGAGGAGCAUCCGCAUAAGGAAGAGCAUCCACCUAAGGAAGAGCAUCCACAUAGGGAGGAGCAUCCCCAUAAGGAGGAGCACCCACAUAAGGAGGAGCACUCACACAAGGAGGAACACGAUCGAUAUCGCCAUCAUUACGGUGAGGAUUCCGAUUCAGAUGAGCCGGACUUCCGCAGCCAAACACCCGAAACGGACACUUACAAUCGUCGCGGCCCGCUUACGAUACCCGAAGCGUCUGAGGUUCUUCCAACUCCCCCCGCUCAUGAAGAUAUCUUAGAAGAACAACCGGAUCUUUCGCCUAUCCAGAGCGGUUUCGAUACUCAUCCGCGUCCACCGACGCCACCUAAAGAUAUCAAUGAAGAGCUUGUGAAGCCAUCUGCAUUCAGUUUACCACAUACGACGCACACACCGACACAUUGUGAGGCUUUUUAG